AUGCCCAGGAGCAAACUCUGGCAUACCAGCGCGUUUCAACUCAACGGCCUCCCCGCCGUCCGCGGCGCCACCGAUCUCGACAUCCGCGUGGCUACCUCCCUCGACUGGUGUCACGUCGCCCUCCAGACGGACCGCAGCGGGUUCUGGCUCGAAGGCACGCACAGCUUCGGAAGCGCCUCAACGUCCACCCAUGUUCGUGCCGGUCCUGGACCAUCUCCCCGUACUGGCCACCCUCAAGCUGCGCCUCUCCGCGAUCGGGCCCACGGCUGCCCGAGGCCGUCGGGCGACAUCCAGUCCGCGGGCCCGCCGCACGCGCUCGUCCAGAUCCUCACUUCCGCGCUGCGACGCCCCGGCCAGCCAGUCUGCCCCGCGCUCCGCACUCUCGCGGUGAGCACGAAUGUCGGCGGCAACGGCCCCCGUCUGUACAGUGGCAACGGCCUCCGUCUGUACGGCGAGAGCGACGACGGCGGCGACAGCGACGACAGCGACGACGGCAACGACAGCGACUACAGCGACGCGGAGGAGAAGGGGACCGCCUCAGCCAUUAAGCUCGCGGUCGCUGAGUUUGGUGCCGCACUCGCGGAGCUGCUCAUCGCGCGCAGGGAUAUGGGCGUGCCGCUCGAGCGGCUUGUCGUCCAGCCGCGGUGCCUGAAGCGCCGCUCAAAAAGGCGAAUGCAACCACCACAGUGGGAGACGGAGGUGCCAAAGGAGCGGGCGCAGUUGGAAUGCCUGCUGCGGCCGUUGGUGUCGCAGUACGAGUGGAUGUCGUGCACGGAGGACAUGUUCGGCGCGUUUGACGUGAGGGGGUUCUGGCAUGUGGAAGAGGAGGAGAAGUACUGGGAGUUCUCGGCUGGGUUCGUACACGUCGCUACCUUCCGUAAGGUGUCCCCAUUUUGUCUCUACCCUUUCCUCGCGGAACUCGGACUCCCAGCUCGUAAAUCCAGCUCCCCGCAUGUGAACAUAUUCCCGUUCCUCGUCGCUCUGCGCCGCACGAAGAACGACCGAUCGCUUGCUGGCGAAGAGGCUGACGGUUGGGGGUCGAGAUCCCAUAUGACUUCCACCUCUGUCGCGGUCCGGGUGAUACACCCACUACGGACGUCAACUGUUUCGCACGUUAUCCAGCUGCGCAGGGUCAACCAGCAGCGUCACGCGGGCAACCCCAAGCCAGGUUUUCGUGCUCCGCCCGGACGCUGGCUCCACAGGCACCUGUGCGCCCGUCAGCGAACAUCGCCCGCUCAGUCGAGAGUGGCAGCACCCACCCGCCACUCACGAGGAGUGAGGUCCCCGCAGAAGAACGGCAGCCUGCCCCUGGCGUCCGCGUCCCAGGCCCGCUGA